CUAUUUGAGUUGAGGCGCUCGGGGUCCUGGAGUCCCGGUCGGCGCUGAGGUCGUUGCUGGGGCGGCCGCUGGGUUCCGCGGUGCGCCAUGGAGGACGAGGGCAUGGAAGACGACGCGCUGCUGCAGAAGCUCACGGCCAGUCGCCGCCGCUUCCAGAGGCGCAUGCAGCGGCUGUUAGAGAAGUACAACCAGCCCUUCGAGGACGCCCCGGUGGUGCAAAUGGCCACGCUGACCUACGAGACGCCCCAAGGAUUGAGAAUUUGGGGUGGAAGACUAAUACAGGAAAGAAAUAAAGGAGAGAUCCAGGACUCCCUCGUGAGGCCCACAGACAGGACAGAUGGCUCCGUGCAAGCUGCAGCGCAGGCUCCUGAGCUUCCCUCGCACCACACAGUCCUGGGAGCCGAUUCAAAAAGCAGUGACGUCUAUGUCACUUCAGACCAGGAAGAGUCAGUGGCUUGGGCCUUAGCGCCUGCAGUGCCUCAAAGCCCUUUGAAAAAUGAAUUAAGAAGGAAAUACUUGAGCCAAGUGGAUAUACUGCUACAAGGUGCAGAGUAUUUUGAGUAUGCAGCUAACAGAGCUGGAAAGGAUGUACGUGUGACUCCGCUCCCGUCACUGGCCUCACCCACCAUGCCUGCCACUGGAUACUGCGGUUUUGUCUCCGGAAAGAAUUCUGGUGACCCAGAGAAACCAGCACCAUCUCCCAGAGAAUGGGGUCCUUCACAUACUUCCUCCACAGACGUGGCCUUAGUACCUAGAAAUGACGGCCUCUCCCUACAAGAGACCAGUAGCAGCAGCUUCUCAAGCAGCCAGCCCUUUGAAGACGAUGGCAUUUGCAACGUGACCAUCAGUGACCUGUACGCGGGGAUGCUGCAUUCCAUGAGCCGGCUGUUGAGCACAAAGCCAUCAAGCAUCAUCUCCACUAAAACGUUCAUCAUGCAAAACUGGAACUCCAGGAAGAGGCACAGAUGUAAGAGCAGGAUGAACAAAACAUACUGCAAAGGAGGCAGGCGUUCUCAGAGGAGCCCCAAGGAGAGCUUUGCUGUCUGCUCUGAGCCUGUGAAAGAGACAGGAGCAUUAAGAGACUGCAAGAACUCACUGGAUGUUUCUCGUCGUAAGACAGGUUUAAAAUUGGAAAAACCUUUUCUUGAAGUCAACAAACCCCAAGCCCGUAAGUUACAUCCGAGUUGGAAGGAGCUGAAAGUGACACCCUCGAAGUAUUCUUCCUUGACUUAUUUCAGCUCCAGUGCAACACAUAAUCUUGAUAAGGAAAAUAGAUUUAGGACAUUAAAAUGGUUAAUUUCUCCUGUAAAAAUAGUUUCCAGACCAAGAAUACGACAGGGCCAUGGAGCGAACCAUCAGAGGGAGAUUGAAAUCCGAUUUGAUCAGCUUCAUCAGGAAUACUGCCUGAGUCCCAGGAGCCAGCCUCACCGGAUUGGCCUCCCAGACUCCUGGGCCGUGAACUUGUACAGAGGGAGCCCUGUGAGCCCCGGUGGCUUUCAGGGCUUAGAAACCCGCAGGCUGAGUUUACCUUCCAGCAAAACAAAAGCAAGAAGUUUAAGUGAGACUUUUGAAAACCUGGGCAAAAGUUGUCUGGAAGCAAGUAGGUACCUAUCCAAGAGUGAUUCCUCUUCAUCACUUCCAGGGACCAACCCCACACACAACCCAGCUCACACACAGCAGACAUCUGAUCUUCAUGUUCAAGGAAACCAUUCUGGAGUAGUUAGAAAGUCAGUAUCGCCCAGCAAAACUCUUUCAGUCCCAGAUAAAGAAGUGCUAGGCCAUGGAAGGAAUCGUUACGAUGAAAUAAAAGAAGAAUUUGACAAGCUUCAUCAAAAAUAUUGCCCCAGAUCCCCUGGGCAGAUGAAGGUGCCUUUAUGUAUUGGAGUCUCUCCAGAUAAAGCAAGUAUGGAAGCUGAGUAUCAAGCAGACGUCUUUUUAGAAAAAUUAAAUCCAGACCCUCGUUUCCAGGGUUUCUGGAAGUUACCGUCAUCACCCCUGGGGUGCAGAGAAAAUCUACCGGAUUCAACUGCAAUUGAGGCUCAUUCGUCUACACGUGUUGCUUGUGCCAGAGACCAUCAGUUCCCUGCGAAAAGACCCAGGUUAUCAGACCCCCAGGGCUCCGGACGCCAGGCUGAUGCCCGGGGUGCCUCAGGUGGGGUAGGCAACGCUGUCAGACCGGGAGAGCAAGGCAGCUCUUCACAGCCCAGCUCAGAAGAGAGGAAGAGGAAAGAAGAACACAUCUUACGGGACGGAAGAGAAAAGUGGUAUUGUGCUAGAAAAAUUCAGAGCUAAAAGUCUGUAGCUAGGUGAUUGUGGAAUGUUAUUUCUCUUCUCCCUUGCUCUCUGUUUGUAUUUUUGUUUUUAAUUCUCGAGACGAUGUGAGGAGUUGGUUGACUUCUCUGCCCUUAAAGCAAUUAUUAGUGAAAUUGGCUCCAUCAGAGAUGACCCUCGAGUUCUUGCUGUAGAAAUUAUGUGAAUAAAGUUGCUUGAUUAG